AUGCCUGAGCUAGCGGAAGUUUCGCGCAUCGUCCAUUUCAUCCGCCACCAUUUGGUAGGCAAGACCCUUACAAAGGUGUCAGCGCAACAUGAUGACAUUGUCUUCGGUAAAGUCGGAACAACGGCCGCUGAGUUCCAGAAAGCAAUGGAGGGAAAGAAGGUGGUUGGCGCCGGACAGCAGGGUAAAUAUUUCUGGAUCACCAUGUCGACGCCUCCCCAUGCGGUGAUGCAUUUUGGCAUGGCGGGCUGGCUCAAGAUUCGUGAUGCCGAUACGUACUACUACCGAACCGACAAACCCGAAGAUAAAGAGUGGCCGCCCAAGUACUGGAAGUUCUUGCUAGAAACAGACGAUGAUCCUAAGGCCGAGGCCGCUUUCGUGGAUCCCCGCCGUCUAGCUCGCAUUCGGCUUGUCGAUUGUCCUGCCGACGAGAUCCGCAAAUAUAGCCCAUUGAAGGAGAAUGGUCCGGAUCCAGUCACCGAUAAGGAUACCGUGACUGAGGAUUGGCUCGGAAAGAAACUUAGAAGCAAAAAAGUCCCCGUUAAGGCCCUUUUGCUCGAUCAGGCUAAUAUUAGCGGUAUUGGAAACUGGAUGGGUGAUGAGAUCUUGUAUCACGCAAAGAUACAUCCAGAGCAGUAUAGUAACACCCUGAGCGAUGACCAGAUCAAGGAGCUCCACACCGCUAUGCACUAUGUAUGCUCGACGUCAGUGGAACUGCUAGCCGACUCAGAGAAGUUCCCAGAGCAUUGGUUGUUCAAGCAUCGAUGGAGCAAGGGCAAGAAGAAUGUCCCAUCUGUUCUGCCCAACGGAGCUAAGAUCACUUUCCUCACCGUGGGCGGUAGAACAAGUGCCGUGGUACCUAGUGUGCAGAAAAAAACUGGUCCAGUGGCAAAAGAAAUCGAUACCGAGAGUAGCGAUAGCCCGAAAGGCAACUCCAAGCGAAAAAGGGAGUCGGCAGUAAAGGAAGAAGAGGAUGGAGUACCAUUCAGCGAAGAUGAAUCCAAGGCGAAAGUGAGUGCCUCCAAAAGACAAAGCAAGAAAGCCAUCAAGACCGAAGAGGAGGAAGAUGUCAAGCCCUCGGAACCAGCCCCUUCAACUAGACGGCGAUCGGCAAGGGUGAGAAAGUGA